AUGGCCGAAGCUCUUGGCAAACUGACCAUUACCUCCACCAGCUCCCGCUCAGGUCCGUCUUCAAGAAUGAUCACUGACGUUAUCAAACUCCUCCUCUUCCUCCUCCCCUUCCUCAUCAUCACCCCCGCCUUGACGCUGGAGUUUCGUUACCACGACAACAGUGAGAUCGAGCAGUACCUCCUCCAGAUCAACGCCUCCAACCCUGACAUCACACACCUGUACAGCAUCGGCCGAUCCGUCAGAGGUCAGCAGCUGUGGGUGUUGGCUGUGGGCCGCAGUCCACGCCGUCACACCGUCGGCAUCCCAGAGUUCAAAUAUGUGGCUAACAUGCAUGGAAACGAGGUUCUCGGCCGAGUGCUCCUGCUCCAGCUAAUUGACAACCUGGUACACGGUUACCGUAACAACGAAACCUGGUCGUUGCAGUUACUGAACAGCACCCGCAUCCACAUCCUGCCGACGAUGAACCCUGAUGGCUUCGAUGACGCCGGCACACACUGCCAGUACAGCCAGGGCAGGUUCAACUAUAACGGCAUCGACCUGAACAGGAACUUUCCCGAUGCGUUCGCUGGUCUGCGAAGGCAACAGCAGGUUGACAAGGAGAAGAGGGAGGCAGAGGUCAGGGCUGUGAUUGGCUGGUUGAGGACUGAGAGUUUCGUCCUCUCAGCGAAUCUUCAUGGAGGAGCGCUGGUGGCCAGUUAUCCGUACGACAACAGCAAUUCAGGCAGCGAGCUGGUGGGCGGAGCCAGCGUCACCCCCGACAACGACGUGUUCAUUCACCUGGCCAAGGUGUACUCCCACAACCACGCCUCCAUGCACCGGGGCGAGCGCUGCGACGACAGCACGUCGUUCCUCGACGGCAUCACCAACGGAUACCAGUGGUAUCCUCUGACAGGUGGGAUGCAGGACUAUAACUAUGUGUGGGCUCAGUGUUUGGAGUUGACUCUGGAGGUUUCCUGCUGCAAGUUUCCUCCAGUCAGAGAACUUCCUGCUCUGUGGACCCAGAACAGGAGGGCGCUGCUGGCCUUCAUCCGCCAGGUCCACCUGGGGGACAAAGGGCGUGUGUUUGACAGUUCUGGCGUGCCGGUGCAGAAUGCAGUGGUGGAGGUCAAAGGUCGCAGGAACAUGUGUCCGUUCAGAACCGACCGACAUGGAGAAUACUACAGACUGCUGCUGCCGGGCAACUACAGCUUCACAGUGACGUACCCGGGUCAUGAGGUUUUGACGGAGACACUGAACGUCCCGUAUGGUCCUGGCCUCUACUCCGCCAUGAAACACGACUUCCUGUUACAACGCACACCGUCUAACCCCACCCAAACUAACCUCACCCAAACUAACCUCACCCAAACUAACCCCACCCAAACUAGCCCCACCCCUACUUGUAACUACACGUUACACGCUGAGGGAGGCGGAGGCGGAGCCAUCACCAGGCCCACGUGGACAGGCGUAGUCGUGGCGCUCUGGUUUGUGGCGGCGCUCCGAUCCAUGACAGACUGAAGUGGCCUGGCGCACGGCGUGACCUCUGGUCAGCAGAAGGUCGCAGGUUCAGUUCCAGCAGCAACACCUGACAGGUGUGCUGGAGAGUUUAUGAGCAACGCUGAACCCUCGACCUGCAAGAAAACAAAACAGAACAAGAACACGUCGUCCUCCAGAGGUUUCUAAAGAGACGUUUUGACGCCCGGAUUUUGGGUUUACCGCCAAAAAGUCUCCUUUGAGAACAAAGGGUUGGCGCGUAAAGCCCUGGUCAAAGCAUCAUCACAUCCUCGCAAAACAGAGCGAACAGGCCUUUUUCACUGGGGGCCAUUUUGAGUCGUUGCAGCAGGAAAAGCACAGGUCUAAAUAACCAAGACCAGGUCCAGACCUAGUCCCUGACCAUCUCUGGUCAAAUCCUGAUUUUAUAACUGUGACGUCGUCUGACAAAAUCACCAAACACAUAAAUGAAAGACAACAGCUUUUAUUUACUUCAGCUUUACUACGGCUUUAUUUACUGUUUGAUAUGUAGAUUUGGUCGUAGUCGUUAGUACGAAGCCUCGUUACCGAUGACUACUCUCUCUCCCUCCUUUAGUAAUAACGACACAUGGAAUCAAAGUAGGUUAUUUGCUUUUAGCUUUUAAUGGAGGCGAGGCUCAGUGUAUUUGAAGUGCUCCUCCUCUUCACUGCAGUUCCCGAGCAGCAGGGAAAACCAGAGCAGCUCGAUAGACUGCGACUGACCAGUGGUGGAAAUAUAAUCACUCAGUCAGUCAGUCAGUCAGUCAGUCAGAGACAUUCAUGAUUACAGGGCUGGUCCUGCUGCUGCGUUCCAGCCAAAAAUAAUGACGGUUGAAUUCCAUUUAGCUGCUUCAGUUUCAGGCUCCUUUAGGGACAGGAACAGAGCGAUUGUUAACGUUUCUAAUAACACCUGUGCUUUUCCUCCUGUUAUAGGUCAGAAUAUCUGGUGUAACGGACAAACUACAGCAGCUAGUUAACUUGGUCGCUAACCAGACAAUAAGUUGACAGUUUAUACAUUCGGGGAGGGGAUAUAAAAGUCGAUGCCUUUAGGAUAUACUGUAAUAGCUUCCUCUGUUUUCGACUAUCAGACUCUUUGUUUCCUCCACGGCGGGAAUUCUCGUGUCCAAGGUUCAACAAAGUUGCACUUGACACUAAACGUUUGCACAGAUUCACUUCACCCCAGAAUCUGAUUCACAUGUUGCAGUCAUUUCAGUGAAACUUGUUUAUUUUGCUGCAGAACUUCGCAGUUUUAAACGCUGCUGUGACUAAAGGGCCUUAUAGUGAUUCUCUCUGAGCCUUAUUCCUCAUGGAGAAAUGAUUUUGAAAACCUCCUGAGAAGUGAAAUUACGUAUUGAACAAAUGUGGGAAAAUAUUUAUUAACUUCACAUUUCUGAAAAAGUGAAAAAUCUUGAAAAAUCUCACAACGA